AUGCUGUGCUUUUAUCCUCUGGCCACUUUAUCUUUCGCUACGUUUGUGUCGGCUCGCCCACUACCUCUUUAUCGCCGUCAAAAUGCAGUCACAGAUUUCGGAAGCUGCAACGCGACGCCUGAUAUUAUAUUCGCAUUGGGACUUGACGGUCGCAAGGACCCUUCUUUUCAGGCAAAGAAUAAUGAUGUUUAUAAUCACGGAUCUGCCCUUGGCAUUGGCGUAAUCACGUCAUUCAUUUGCCAACAGCUGAACGACAAGUGUAAGGCACCCCAGGCCACGCUUGAUGCUUGCGCGUCAGGUCAGGCUGCAGCAGCCAAGGUUACGGGAGGUGCUGCCGCUGAUAGCUUCAAUUCGGCAUUUGGAAUAAGUACGAAUUUUGCAUCUGGGACAUCCUCUGGGGCCGAAACCGGAAAAGAAGUGGGCAAAUCGACAGCGUCGACCACCUCGACUGCUUCUGCUUCAGAGGCUGUCAGCACCACUUUGGAGGCAACAACCACCUCUGCUGCUGCUACCGCUACGGAUACGAUAUCUUCCACCGCUUUGGCCACGGCAUCCGCCAGCACCUGCCCAACGGCAUCUACCGUCACCGUGACUGUGGAUGCGAGCGCUACUGCAUCCACUCCUUGUCCAACCGAUCCGGUCACUGUAACUGUAACUGGCACGGGCGCCGCGACCACUUCAACGGCAAUUUCCACUGCGAGCGAGGCUACCACAACCACCUCUGCGGCUUCCUCAAACGAGGCGGUUUCGACUUCCACUUCGUCAGCGGCCGCUCCUUCGGCAACAGGCCCUGUGUCCUCGCUCGAUUUUGGCUCUUGCACUGACCCCACUAUUGAGUUCGGCCCCGCAUUUGAAGGACGCAAGGCGGCCGAGUUUUCUAACAAGCCGAUCAAUAAGCAAGAGUUUAAUCAACCUUCCGCAUUGAACAUAGAUAUCGUUACCCGCGCGGUCUGCGAUAUUCUCGCGAGCAAAUGCAAAGCACCACAGGCCACUCUCGACGCAUGUGCGAAAGGAAAGACUGCAGCAAGUGCGGCGGCAGCUAAGACGGGAGCUCAAGCCGAUGCUUUCAAUGCCGCUCUUGGCAUCACUACCAACUUUGCAACUAUUCCUGCUGCUCCGGGCGGAGGCCCGGGUACUGAAGCCCUUGCUACCACCCCCAACUUCGGCACAUGUACCAAUCCGACCAUGGAGUUCGGCGUUGGAUUCGAUGGUAGAACGGAGUCCAGUUUCCAGCCUGCCAACAAGGCCGAUUUCGACCAUGGCUCCGCUCUUAACCCAGCGAUUAUUGCAACCGCUAUUUGCGACACUUUCGUCAACUCUUGCAACGCCAAUAAACCCGCGAUUGAUAAUUGUACCGCAGCAAAGGCAGCCAUUACGGGGUUGACCGGCCAGGCCGUUGCUGACGCAUUCAAUGCAGCCAUUUUGAAGGGGGCAGCACAAUGA